AUGUCGAUUUAUUUGUCAUUGUUCAAAACAAUUGUCGGAAAAAAGAUCACCGAUAGCCGACUUUUGCCAAUUAUUUUGGCUGGAGCAAAUCGUGCAUUUCCCUAUGCAAAAAAUAUCGAAAAAUUGUUGGAGGAUGUGAAGGAUGUGUAUUUUUUGGCACAUAAUUCGAAUUAUCGAACCGCGAUUCCCGCCUUGAAAUUGUUGUUUCAGUUUCAUAAGAUGAAGUGAGUUUUUGAGCUUUCUGAGCAUUAAAAUUGAAAUUUUGAGCAUUUUUGAGCCCUGGAGCUGAUUUUUGAGCCUUAUGAGCUUUGAAAUCGAAAUUUUGAGCAUUUUUGACCCCCGGAGCUGAUUUUUGAGCUCGUUAAGCAUUUAAAUUGAAAUUUUGACCAUUUUUAAACCCUGGAGCUGAUUUUUGAGCUCAUUGAGCUUUAAAAUUGAAAUUUUGAGCAUUUUUGAACCCUGGAGCUGAUUUUUGAGCUCUCUGAGCUUUAAAAUUGAAUUUUUGAGCAUUUUUGACCCCUGGAGCUGAUUUUUGAGCUCGCUGAGCUUGAAAAUUGAAAUUUUGAGCAUUUUUGACUUCCCGGAGCUCAAAAUUAGGCUUGAGAGCUGAUUUUUGUGUAUUUUGAGCUUGAAAAUUGAAAUUUUGAGCAUUUUUGAACCCUGGAGCUCAAAAUUGAGCCUUAGAGCUGAAUUUUGUGCUCUCUGAGCACUAAAAUUGAAAUUUUGUGCAUUUUUGAACCCCAGAGCUCAAAAUUAGGUCUUAGAGCUUGAAAAUUGAAAUUUUGAACAUAUUGACCACCAGAGCUCAAAAUUAAGUUUUAUAGCUGAUUUUUGAGCUCAAUAUUGAGAUUUUGAGCAUGUUUGACCCCCAGAGCUCAAAAUUAAGCCUUAGAGCUGAUAUUUGAGCUCAAAAGUGAAAUUUUGUGCAUUUUUGGGUCUUGUAGCUCAAAAUUAAGCCUUUGAGCUGAUUUUUGAGCUCAAAAUUGAAAUUUUGUGCAUUUUUGACCCCGCAGAGCUCAAAAUUAGCUGAUUUUUGAGCUCUUUUGAUACGCCUCAAAAAUGUACGUUUCAAAAUUCUCUGAUUAUUUUUAGAACAUAUUUUUCAAAAUUGUUUUAAAUGUUGUAUUGGGUGAAUCGUGCUCUCAAAAUGCUCCAAAUUUCAUGGAGAAUCUGGAAAAUUCAGAAUUCUCUUGAAAUUCUGAGCAUUUCGAGUCCAAACAUGAGCAAAUUCGGGCUCAAAAUGUUCCGAAUUUCAUUUGGAGCAUUUUGAGCCCAAAUAUAGUCUAGUUUGCUCUCAAAAUGCUCCAAAUUUUCCAGUGACUACGUCUCUGACCGCUACUACAAUGCACUCUACCGAAAAUUGUUGGAUCCAUGCCCACCCGCCGCCUAUUCUCAACUCCUCAAACUCCUUUUCGAUACAAUGAAAGAUGAUCCAAGUGCUCAGCGAGUUCGCGCAUAUGUUAAGAGGCUUUUGCAAGUUGCCGUGAAUGUGAACAGCGAAUUUGCGGCGAGUAUUUUGAUAUUGAUUUCGAAGUUGAAGAUGGAGCGGAAACAGGAGAAUUUGGUGGUUUUGAGCAGUGAUGCUGAUGUGAGUUUUUUUGAGGUCUGGGAAUGGAAAAAUUGAAUUUUUCAUGAAAAAUUUGGUCUUAAGGUGGUUUUCUAGGUCCUGGAUCGAAAAAAUCUGAUUUUUUGGAUUCCGGACUGAAAAAAUUGGAUUUUUCAUGAAAAAUUGAAUAUUGAGAGAAUUUUUAAAGUCAUUGACCCAGAAAACCGAUUUUUUUUUGUUCCGGAGGGAUUUUUGAGGCCUGAGAGUGGAAAAUUUGGAUUUUACAUGAAAAAUUAUGUUUUGGGGUGGUUUUCUAGGUUCCGGACCGAAAAAAUCGGAUUUUUGAGGUCCGGGAGUGGAAAAAUUUGAUUUUUCAUGUCCUGGACCGAAAAAAUUGGAUUUUCCAGAUCUUAGACUCGAAAAAUCGGAUUUUUUGAGUUCCGGAGCACAAAAAUCGGAUUUUUCAAGAAAAAUUUGGUCUUGAAGCGAUUUUUCAUGUCCUGGACCAAAAAAAAUCGGAUUUUUCAUCAAAUUUACCACUACUCAUAUUAAAAAAUAACCUGAAAUUGGAUUUUUCAAGCUGAAAAUCAAUUUUUCAAUUAUUUCCAGCCAACCCUGAAAGUUGUCACAAAUCUGGAUGAUGAUGAAGAAGAGCGAUAUGUGGAUUUGGACACUGAUGGAAAUGUGAUUGUCAAAGGAGAAGUUGUGAGUUUGAUUUUGGGAAAAAAUGAGCUCCAGAGCUCAAAAUUGAGCUCGCGGAGCUGAAAAUUUCAAAUUUUGAGCAUUUUUUUACUCCGGGAGCUCAAAAAUAGGUCUCAGAGCUGAUUUUUGAGCUCUUGGACGUUAAAAAUUGAAAUUUUCAGCAUUUUUGAGCCCAUAGUAUUCAAAAAAUCAAUUUAUCAUAACUCAAAAUCAAAUAUACAUACGACCAAAUUUAGUCCUCUCCAAUUGAUCCAAAAAAUGCAAAACGUAGCGUUUCCGGAAAGCCACAUCGAUCCGCGCGGUUUUUUCCGCGUGAAUUUGCGCGCGGAGCUCCGCGAGCCGCUGGUAAUCAUCCCAAAAAUAGUCGCGGAUCAGGAAGAUUGUCUCGUUUUGCGGAAGAUGUUCGGCUUCGAUUCUGAAAGAAAAGUUGAAAUUUUAAAAAUGCUCGCAGGCAGUGGGAAUCGAACCCGCGACCUUUUGAUUGGCGGAAAAAUUUGGAUUUUUCAAUUUUUAGCCCCAAAUUUCCUAGAUUUUCAAGAAAACGAGCUUGAAAAUCGAAAUUUGGAGCAUUUUUGACCUUUAGAACUCAAAAUUUCAGAUCUGGAGCUCAAAAAUCGAGUUUUGGAGCAAUUUUCAGCUAUAGACUUCAAAAUUGAGCUCCAGAGCUGAUUUUGCAAGCUGUUCUGCUAAAAAUUAGUGUCUAGAGCAGUUUUCGAGCUGUUGGAGCCUCAAAAUUGAAUUUUCGAGCAUUUUAGAGCUCCAGUGCCUCAAAUUUCUAGUCUGGAGCUCAAAAAUCGAGUUUUGGAGCAAUUCAGACUUCAAAAUCAAGCUCUCCGGCUAAAAAAUUAGUGUUUGGAGCAUUUUCUGAGCUCUUGGAGCCCCCAAAACUCACUUGAUCAUUUUAAUAUGUGAACCAAAAGGAAUACUCAAGUCAUACAGUACCAAUUCAGCCACCGUUUGCCAUUUAUCAUAAACCAUGAAAGUAUUCGAAAAAGAUCGUGCAAAUUCGUCCGCAGCUUCACAAUUCUUCCGCUCGCUUUCCGCAACAUCCGGCCAUUUCCAAUCGCAAUUCGUCUUCCGCUCGUAAUAUCCGCAAAGCGGUGUUUUGCAGCAAAAAUUGUCGAAAGAUAUCAUAUAAUCAUAGAUUUUCUCACGAUUUUCGAGGCGAUCGACUAAAAAUUCAUCGUGCAUUUGACAUUUGAGCUCGCCGCCGUUUUUACGACAAAAAUUCGAGAGAUUUUUGCGAAUGAAGUUGUCGUAGUUGUAGUUUGAGCAACCAUUUCUACAAAAAUUCGGGAUUUAGAGUAUUUUUUGGUCCUAGGGCUUAUUUUUCGUGGAAAUCCGGCUCAGAUUGGUGUUUUGAGCAUUUUCCGGGCUUCUGGAGCUCAAAAUUCAGCUUCUAGAGCAAUUUUUACUUCGAGAGCUCGAAAAUUAGGCCCUAGAGCUGAUUUUUCUAGUUCUAGGGUUCGAAAUUGGUAUUUUGAUCAUUUUCUAGGCUCUUUGAGCACGAAAAUUGAAAUUUUUGAGAUUUCUGACAUCUUGACCUCAAAUUUCCAGGUCUGGAGCAUUUUUUUACUUCAAGAGCUCGUAAAUUUGGCUCUAGAAUUGAUUUUUCGACUAUCAGGGCUUAAAAUUGAUAUUUUGAGCAUUUUCUAGGCUCUUAGUGCUCAAAAAUCGGAUUUUGAAGCGUCUUUUAGCUGUUGUGCUCAAAUUUCCAGAUCUGGAGCAUUUUUUGGGCUCCUAGAGCUCGCAAAUUUGGCUCUACAUGUGAUUUUUUGAGUUUCUAGGCUAAAAAUUGGUAUUUUGAUCAUUUUCUAGGCUCACAGAGCCCAAAAAUCAAAAUUUUGAUAAUUUCUGACCUGUCGAGCUCAAAAUCAAGCCUCAGAGGUAAUUUUCAAGAUCCAGAGCUGAAAAUUGGUAUUUUGAGCAUUUUCUAGGCUCCUGAAGCUUCAAAAAUCGAAAUUUUCAGCAUUUUUGACUUCUGGAGCUCAAAUUUUGUGCUCUUUUUCACCCGGGGCACAGUUUUCCACCAAAAAAUUCAAUUUUGUAUAACUAACCUGACUAAAUCAUCAAAUUCUCCACAACCUCGAGACACGCUCCACGCAAACAAUAAACUGUACAAAAAAAUACAAGUAAGCACAUAGGCUCUUAAGAGCUUUCCAAAAUACAGUGGCUCUGUGUCCAUUUAGGCUAACUUUGAUUGAAUGAAUGACAGAAAAACUGUAGAGAAUAAUUAUGGAUGACGCUAGAUAGGUGGAUGAACAUCUGCUGGAUUAUUAUUAUGGUCCGCCCACUUUUUUGUGUAAAAAGAGAAAAAGACGCUGGAUUUUGGGAAGACAGCGGAUUUUUUUAUGGAAAAGUGUGAUUUUUGAGCUCUAGAUGUCAAAAAUGCUCAAAAAUUCUAUCAGAAAGCUCAUUUUUGACCAAAAUUAUGGUUUUUAGUGAAAAUUUGAGCACUAGAGGUGAAAAUGUUCAAAAAUUCGAUUAUUUUGAGCUUCAGAGCUCAAAAACUCUUCAAAAUUGGAUUUAUGAGCUCGCAGAGCCUGGAACUUGCUCCAAAUAUCAAUUUUGAUGAAAAAUUAGGCUCUAGACUGGAAAAUGCUCAAAAUUCUGAAAUUUUGGACGAAAAAAUCGGAUAUAGGGCUCUUUUUCAGUUCCAGAGCUCAAAAAAUGCUCAAAAUACCAAUUUUCAGCUCUGGAACUCGAAAAAUCAGCUCAAGAGGUCAUUUUUUAGGUUUAGAGCUCAAAAAUUGCUCCAGAAUUCGAUUUUUAAGCUCUGGGAGCUUCAGAAGCUCAAAAAUGCUCAAAAAUUAGAUUUUCGAGCCCCGAGAGCUCUAAAAAUGCUCCGAAACUCCCCCAAAAAACCAAAUUUUCUUCAGAAAUCCGAAGAUGACGUCAUCGAAACAACUGCAAAUUCAGAAGAUUCGAAAAAAGUGGCAAAAGGAACUCUUGGAGCAUCAUCAACCGGUGGCUGGAUUCAUCAUAAAAAUGCUCGCCACGGAGCCAAAACCCCCUACGAUCCGCUGGCUCGAAAUCCGCUUUUCAUCGAUGCUCAACACGUGGCCGACAACGAAUUGCUCCUUUUAUCCAAUCAUUUUCAUCCGUCGGUCGCCGUUUUUGCCAAAUGUCUUUUAGAAGGCGGUGAAGUGAAAUAUGGUGGAGAUGCUCUUAAUGAUUUCACUCUGAUGGCAUUUUUGGAUCGAUUUGCGUUCCGAAAUCCCAAAGAGAUUUCGGCGAAAUCGACGGGAAGAGUUGUGCGAAAGAAGAAGCAUGAUCCGUGGGGAGUUAGAAAGUUGGCUGUGGAUUCGAAGGUGAGGUCUUUUUAGGGCCGUUUCAGGCUCUCAGGCCGAAAAUUCGGGUUUCUAGACCUUUAUUUCAUGAAUUUUGGGGUUUUUUGAGCUUGUAGGUCAUUUUUAGCCCUUGGAAAUUGAAAAUUCCGGUCUCUAGGCUCUUUUUCGGGCUAUCGGGCUCAAAAAUCUGGUCUGUAGGCCAAAAAUUCGGGUUUCCAGACCUUUAUUUCAUGAAAUUUGGGUUUUUUGAGGUUUUUAGAGCAGAAAUUUGGGUUUCUAGGUCAUUUUAGGCUUCUAGAGCAUAGAUUUGGGUUUCUGGACCAUUUUCAGACUCCCAGGCUGAACAAUUCAGUUUUUAGACCAUUUUCUAGUCCCUACAGCUGAAAUUUGGGGUUCUAGGCCAUUUUUCAGACUCGUAGGCUCAAAAUUACGGAUUCUAGGCCAUUUUUAGGCCCCUAGAGCAAAAAUUUGGGUUUUUAGGCCAUUUUUAUGGUUUCUAAGCUAUUUUUUGGGCUCCCAGGCCACUUUUAGGGUUUCUAGACCACGUUUAAGCUGAAAAUUCGAAUUUUUCACAUUUUUUAUUUCAAAAAUCUGAAAAUUUGAGUUAUGACGUGGAAUUUUUUGCAGGAAUACACGCAGAAAAAACGCGACGAAAUCCCAGCCGACGAGAAAUUCCUUCAUCGCUACGCUUCUACAGUAAUCCGAGACAAAAAUGUGAAAAAAGAGGAAGAUGGAAAAGAUGGAGAAAAUGAUGAUUGGGAAUAUGCGGAAUCGGUGAAUUCGGAAGAAUUUGAUACGAUUAUGGGUAAGCCUAGGUUUUUGGGCUUUUCGGGCCGUUUCCGGGCUUCAAAAUGAGUCCGAAUAGGCCACGCCCCCAUUUUGCAAGCCUGGCACAGUUUUCAUCUUCAUUUUGAUACCAAAUAAGCCACGCCCAUUUUUCUGUGCCGCAAAAAUUUCGCAAUUUUUUUGCAGAACGCUUCGAACCUGGAGAAUUGAACGAGGAAUUCGAUAUUGAUUAUAGUAAAGAGUUUUCGUCGGAGAAAAAUAAGAGAAAUGUGAGUUUUUCGGGCUCCGGGAGCAGAAAAUUUGAGUUUUUCAUAAAAUUUGGGGUUUUUAGACACCCCAUGGGCCUAAAAUUCGGAAAAUUUUAAUUUUGGAGCAUUUUUUGGGCUCCGAGAGCCCUCACAAGCCGAAAAUUGAAUUUUUCAUGAAAUUUAAGCCACAUAAGCCCAAAAUCUAGAUUUUCUAGCAUUUUCGGGCUCCCCCGAGUUGUCCUAACUCUAAAACUGAAAUUUGGCUCAAAAGUUCACUUCUGAGCUCAGAAACUCGAAAUUUUGGAGCUCUGAAGCUCUAAAUCAUGAUUUUCGGCUCAAAAAAUGAUUCCGGGGCUCACUUAGGUCGAAAAAUUGGAUUUUUCCUGAAAUUUGGGGUUUCUAGGCAUCCCAGAAGGCUAGAAUUGGAGAAUAUUUAUUUUGGAGCAUUUCUGGGCUCCGGGAGCAGAAAAUUCGUGUUUUUCAUGAAAUUUGGGGUUUUUAGACACCCCAGAACCCCAAAAUCCAGAUUUUCUAUAAUUUUUGGGCUCCCCGGAGUUAGCCUAACUCUGAAAAAUUCCAGAAACCAACAAUUGCCGAUGAAGAUGACGUGGAUAUGGAUGAAGAUGAUGAGUUGGAUUUGGAAGAUGAUGAAGAAGAAGGUGAAGGUGGAGAAGAUCUUGAAGAUGAUGAACCCGAAGAUGGAUCUGAUGAUGAUGAACCUGAAGAUGAUGACGAAGAUGAUGAAGGAGAUUUUGGAGGUUCUUCGAAUGUCUUUGGAGAUGGUUGGUCCUUUUUUUUGGGGGAAAAAUGACGAAUUUUCAGCCCGGGACACCUGAAAAUUUGAAAUUUUCGCGAAAUUUUGAGCUAGAAAUCUUGUUUUUAGACAAAAUUGGCUUCGAAAUUUGAAAAUUCACAAAUUCCACGUGGAUUUUCAGCCAGGGAAACCUGAAAAUUUGAAUUUUUCGCGAAAUUUUGAGCUAGAAAUCUUGUUUCAGACAAAAUUUGAAAAUUCACAAAUUCCACGUGGAUUUUCAGCCCGGGAAACCUGAAAAUUUGAAAUUCUGAGCUAGAAACUUGAAAAUCUUGAAGCAAACAAUUUUAAGCUGAAAAUUCGAAUUUUGGAGCAUUGCUCAGGUUAUGGAAAUCCAGACUUUAAAAAAUUCGAAGUUUUCCAACCUGAGCAAUGCUCCAAAAUCUAAAAAAUUCCGAAUUUUGCUCAAAACCGUUUAAUCUGAGCAAUGCUUCAAAAAAUUUGAAGAUUCAAAAAUAUUCAGCUGAGAAUUCACUUAACAUGAGCAAUUCAAAAGUUCUGAAAUUUUCAGCCAAAUUUUUCCAAUUUUCAGACGACUCAAGUGAUGAAGAAAUUGGAGCGAAUGACUACGAAUUGGCUGGAGAUAGAGUAAGUUCCCCCCUAAUUUUUUUGUCUGAAAAUCUGAAAUUCCCCAAUUUUUCAGUUCGCCGAAAUGCUCGAAGAUUUGGAAGAGGAAGAACAUGAGGGAAAAGGAAAGAAGGGCAAAAAAAUCGGCUGGAAAUAA